AUGAUGCUGGACGACACCCCAAAGGUGCUGCGCACAGCCACGAACAUAAAGUGCCUGUACAUCUUCAUGUAUACGUCAUAUAGUGCUGAGCAUAAAUGCCAUUUCUCAAGCUGCCUACAUAUAUACUGUACAUUGCCGACACAUUGCUGACGCGAGCGAAACUCUGCAAGCUAGAUCUAUAAAAUUAAUUGCGGAUUUUGGAUCAGCCAGCUUGGAUCAGCCAUGAACAUCAUCCUGACUGUGAUUCUAUCUGCCGUGGUUCUCGGCAGGUGUGGAGUAAAUGCGCAGUGCUACAACUGCACAUACAUCGACUUUGGUCAAGCGACCUCCGGUCCAAAGGGGUGCAUCGACCCGUUCAUGCCGAGUGGUAUCGACCAGGUACCAUGCAGCGGCCAGUGCAUGAAAGCAACAGUGGUUUUCAAAGCUUCACAGUACAGUCCCGCUUGGACCUCGACGACACGCACUUGUGCCAAGCCAGGUGAACCGUGUGUGGAAUUGGAAGGGUUUACGAUUGAAUCCACAACUUCAUCGGUGUGGUGUUGCGAUGGGGCGUCGUGCAACGGUCAGGGCACCGUCGGAUUCAGCGUGCCUCUUACUGUGUUCUCCAUGUUGACAGCGGCGCUGCUUUUCUGUUAGCUUGACUUCAGACAUUGCCGUUUAUGCAUGAAAACUGUCAGUGUGGUAGCAUACUCACGGUCUUCUUUUAAAUUUUUAAAUAUUUUUCACAACGUUUCAAUAUAAAAUAUUAGUCUUAUUAACUAUACUUCGGGACGCUCGAUGGCGGCGAACUAAUACCGGCCGCACCCCGUCACUGACCCACCAUUGCUUGCGUCAUUUUGACAAGCGCUCAUUAGCUCGAACGUGACGCAAAGAAAUUGUGGAGCAGUUGCCUGGGACGGGAAUGUUUGCCGUUACCAACACGAGUGUCCCUAAACUCUUACGCACUGGACCUCGAAGACGCAGUUCAACCGGGGGUAAUACCCAUCAUGGAAGGAACUACAUUUUGUUUGGAGGAAAGGGGGAUUAGGACUGGAACAUUGUUUUCUUUACGUUGGAAAUUCAAAGUGCCAGAAGGGGGCAGUGACUGAUAGAGUGAAUGUUAUGCAGGAAAUUUUUGUCAGCAGUACUAACCGUUCCUAAAAUUGUUAUAUUCUUCGAUCAGCUUCAAGGAGUUCAUUACUAGCCUCUGUUCCAACGUAAUAGACUUUAUCUCACACAAGCGUACACGUGCAUGUUUACGUAUGCAUCUUUUUCUUAGACAUUUUUUUCCCUGCAACUUUGUACUUUUCCUUAUUGAAUGAAACUCUGUCACAUUCCUCUUUAAUUAAAUGUAUUGAAAAGCGCACUUUCGUAAAAACUUCAAAUUAUCCACGCUCUUCUUCCAGACAAUUGAGGGCGCUGUUGCCUUGUCAUGCUGGGAAGACGUAUUUCACUGCAUAGAUUUUUCGCUUCAAAUUGUAAAGCAAGGAUUAACUUACCAAAAACAUUUCUGAGAAAGGGGUUGAUACUUGCUUAUUUCUGUGCACAUAAAUAACAACUGAUCUGUUCAGUAACUUAGUUCAGCAAAGUCUACGAAUUGCAGGACUUUUGUUCACAAACCAAUGUAACAUUGAGGAUUUCGUCCUGAAAUUACGUCACCGUUUUGCUCAUGAAUAUGGAUAUACUCGGCAUAAAAACAAUAAUGUAGUCAAAUACACGUUUGAAUUAGUGAAGCAAGAUUAACUCAGACACGAGGGUGCAUUUCGAAGGUUGUCGUACAACAAAUUGAUUGCAGCUACCCUUUAAUGCUGCGCACUCUCCUGGAACUAAACGAUAUACCAGUGAAAGAAAAAUCUUUCUGAUAAUAGAUUAACCAUGGAGGAAUAAAAACACAUCGAUUAACCAAAGAAUGCAUAGCCGUAAGGUCCACGCUUGCUGCUUGCUGUCCGCUCUGAAGUUUCAUGGAGCACAAACUAGUUCAAUGUGUAGAUUUUCGAUGCAACGUGCUGUAUAAAGUGUUGAUUGGCUAUGUAGGAGCCUGUGAAUUAAAUUAAAUUUCAGUUUACACCCCUCCUUCUGAAAGGUGUUCAUCAUCCCUCAGCCUGUAUAGUUGUGAAAAGCGUUAUAAGACAAGACGGGUCCAGUGCGUCUCAUUGGUUUCUGCUACAGCAAUGCAACGUAGUAGGUAUGGAAUCAUAAUAAAACAUCUUUGAUUUCAA